ACUAUCCUCUACUGUGCCCUCUCCAGUUGCCUACUCAAAACCCCACCUUUCUUUUCAAGUUCAUGAAUUUUGAAAUAAUUAAAGAAAUCCCAAAAAUGUUUUCCAAAAAAAAAAAAUAUAUAGAAAAUCCAACAUGCCAAAACUCAAUCUGCGGGGCACCACAUUCUGGUCAAGUUUCCUACCACAGAGGAAUAAAGGGUUCCAAGAAUCUUUUUUUUUUUUUUUGCUUUCUGUGUAGCCAUGGCUUCCCUUUUAGACUUGCCCAUAAGGCAUAAACCACUAGUUGUAUAAUAUUAUUCGAUUAAAUAACAAAAAAAGAAAGAAAGAAGAGAUUUUGGAGUGUUGUUUUGUAGGAAGUUUCUGUUUUGUUUUCCAGGUCAUGUUUUUUUGAGACUUGAAGAGUGACUCUUUUGGUUUGGUUCUCUCCCCAACUUCCUUUGAGAGAUUUUGUUCCUUCUUUCUUGUUUCUGAUCCAAAGGAGGGUAAUUUGGGAAGCCUGUGAAAUUAUUUUUUCUUUGGUGGGUUUUGCUGCUGAAUUCUGAAUUUGAGCUUAGUUUCUGAGAUUUUCUUUUCUGAGUGACCUUUUCCUUCACUCACAAGUCACUAUCAUUAUACCCUUUAGUUGUUUUUAUUUAACUAACCAAUCAAGGCCAGAUUUUUUUUUCUUUUGAAAUAAAGAGAAAGAAUCCUCUGCAGUUCAACUUGUCAAAUUUAUCAGUUUUGGGUGUGGGGGAGAGAAAAGUAAAAAUAAAAAUCCAGAAGACUGAUUCAUUUACCUGUGUUGGGAGAGCUGGCUUACUGCAACUCCUUUUGAGGACUUCUGCAAGUGUGUUUGAAAAGUAUUUGAUAUGAGGCCUCAAUAAAGUCUUCCUCAUACACUGCCAUAUGGAGAAAAUAGUGAACCGUUCUGUACUUGUUAUUGUUACUAUUUUUCUUUUGAUCUGCCAUUCAGAGCAACUGCAAUCUUCUCAGACUCAUACCCUUUUAAGAGUUAAGAGACUUCUCAACUACCCAGCCAUUUUAAGAGACUGGAACAACAAAACAGACUUUUGUAACUAUGAACCAAAUCCAUCUGUAACUGUUGUGUGCUAUGAAGAUACGAUAACCCAGCUCCAUAUGAUUGGUGAAAGGGGAGCACCUCUCUUACCUCGAAACUUUUCGAUAGAUUCCUUCUUUUCAACUCUUGCUAGGCUACCUAAUUUGAAAGUUAUCACCUUUGUUUCGCUUGGAUUAUGGGGUCCCUUGACUGGUACUAGUUUAGCAAGUUUGACAUCAUUGGAAAUAGCUAACAUGAGUUCAAAUUUUCUAUAUGGAGGAAUUCCAAGAGAGGUUUCAUCUCUAACAAGUCUCCGGACACUCAUACUUGAUGACAACAUGUUAGCUGGUAAGUUACCAGAUUUGUUGAGCUCACUACCUCUUUUGACUGUUUUGAGUUUGAAGAACAAUUCCUUCAAUGGAUCUUUGCCUGCUUCAUUUGCUUAUCUUGAAAAUCUUAGAAUUCUUGCUUUGUCACAUAACCAUUUCUAUGGCGAUGUGCCUGAUUUUAGUCGUUUGACGAAUCUUCAAGUUCUUGAUUUGGAAGAUAAUGCUUUUGGACCCAAAUUUCCCAGACUUGGAAACAAGUUAGUUACUCUUGUACUCAGUAAGAACAGAUUUAGAUCUGGUAUUCCUUCUGAAGUGACCUCCUACUAUCAGCUCGGACGAUUGGAUCUGUCGAUGAACUCGUUCGUGGGGCCAUUCCCUUCAGCAUUGCUAGCAUUACCUUCUAUCACUUAUCUAAGUGUUGCAGGAAACAAAUUCACAGGAAUGCUGUUUGGUAACCAAUCUUGCAAUCCUGAUCUUGAAUUUGUGGAUUUGUCCUCAAAUCUUAUAACUGGAAGUGUACCUGAAUGCCUUCAUUCGGAUUCUAAGGAAAAGGUUGUGCUGUAUGCGAAAAAUUGUUUGUCAACUAGAAAACAAAAUCAGCGCCCGUUACAGUUUUGUCAAACUGAAGCAUUGGCUGUGGGAAUCUUACCUGAGAAAAGGAAACAAAACCAAAUUUCUAAAACGGUUCUUGUCAUAGGCGUUGUUGGAGGCACGUUUGUAGGUCUUGCUCUUGUUGGUAUUAUAUUCUUAAUACAUCGAAGGGUAAAUUCAAAGGUAAUUAGCAAAUCUCCAACAAGAUCCAUAACAGAGAAUGCAUCAACUGCAACUGGAUACACCUCAAAGUUGCUCUCUGAUGCAAGGUACAUAUCUCAUACAAUGAAGUCAGGAACACUCGGCCUUCCUGGUUAUCGAACCUUUUCUUUGGAAGAGCUCGAGGAAGCUACAAACAACUUUGAUACAUCUGCUUAUAUGGGUAAAGGCUCUAAUGGGCAGAUGUACAGAGGCCUGCUGAAGGAUGGUUCCUAUGUUGCCAUUAGAUGCCUAAAGAUGAAAAGAAGGCAUGGAACUCAAAACUUUAUGCAUCAUAUUGAGCUUCUUUCUAAACUGAGGCAUCGAAAUUUGGUCAGUGCUCUUGGACAUUGCUUUGAAUGCUACUUGGAAGAUUCUAGUGUCAGCAGAAUAUUUCUUAUCUUCGAAUAUGUACCAAAUGGCACACUGAGAAGCUGGAUCUCUGAGCCACAUUCAAAGCGGUCGCUCAGUUGGAGCCAACGGAUAGUGGUGGCAAUAGGGAUAGCAAAGGGGAUCCAAUUUCUGCACACCUGGAUUGCGCCUGGUGUAUACAGAAAUAAUCUUAAAAUAACUGAUAUAUUACUAGACUACAGCUUUGUUGCGAAAAUUAGCAGUUACAAUAUCCCUUUACUGGCCAAUAAUACAGGGAAGAAGGUCAGUUCUAGUGGAUCCAAAGAGAUCAUUGUUACUACGAGGAUGAAAGAUGAUGAGCAGAGUGAUGUUUAUGACUUUGGAGUGAUUUUGCUAGAAAUAAUCAAGGGUAGGCCAGUCAAGUCUGAAAAACAAGUGGAUGCUCUUAGAGAUCAGAUACAGUUGGCCAUUGCAACUGAUCGAGCAGCUCGGCGGAGCAUGGUUGACCCAGCAGUCAAUAUGACAUGUUUGGAUCAAUCCUUGAAGACAAUGAUGGAAGUCUGUGUGAGAUGUCUGCUCCAAAACCCUGAAGAGAGACCUUCUAUUGAAGAUGUGCUAUGGAACUUGCAGUAUGCAGCUCAAGUCCAGGAUGCUUGGCGAGGAGGAGAAUCUCAGACUAGCAGUGAGGGUUCUCCAAUCUGAUCACAACAAUCUUAUUCCUCUGUCUCCAUCCCUUGGCAUCAUACAGGUUUAAGUCUAUCCUGUUGUUGUACCUUAUCCUCCUCUCUCAGGAUUUUUCAGUUUCAUGAUGUGUUAAGAAGAUGAAAAACUAUACCAGUCUACCCUCUCUUACUAACUGAAAAGUGUUAAUCAAGAAGAUGAGUUCAAAUCUUUGCAUAAUUAUAUGAUAACUGCAUUGAUUUCUUUGCUUUCUUUUGUGCAUGCCAAGGAAAUAUUGGAUUGGUACACAAUACUUUUCUAACUUCUAGUAGAUUUAGCAAAUUUGUCAAGUACUGUAAAAGCAUGAGUAUGAUCACUCUGCAAGUACACACUGUGAAAUAUGUUUCAUACA